UUUGAUGUUUGGAGCAGUUUGAGUAAAUAAGAUUCUAAAAUUGCUUAUAUGAAAAUACAGAAGGAGCAAAAUUAAACUGCUAUGUAAUAUGCAAUAUAUAUUAAACGAAUAUGGAUGCCUGGAAUUUAAAAUGUUUACCAUAUCCAGCAAUUUCUACAUUUAAAGCUGUGAACAAUGAUCUAGAUUUAGAUGGAUUAACCCAUAUAUGCCAUGAGUUCAAGGGAUUUUUUAAGAAGGAUAGACACAUGGAAGCAGAAUAUUUUGUGUUAUCAAGAAUAGUUUAUCGCAUGAAACAGAAGUUUCGCACAUCCAAGGAUUUUAAAUAUUUAGAAAGAAUUUACAAGUGUCUUAAAGUGUAUUUUAAUAUGAAUCUUUCACAAUAUGUAGACAGAUUUUCGGAGCUUAUUCCAAGAAGAUACAAACUAGAUACUCGUUUACCAUCAAGAAAUUUACUAGAUUAUAUACUUAUUCGAGUACAAGGCGCUACAAAAUUACUAGAAAAAAUGGUGGAUUUUUGUAAGGAGGCUGCAGAUCUUUUACUCGUUAGAAUUAAAACGGGACAAUUUUGGAAAGUGGCCUUGAUUGUAUAUAGUAUUGUUUCUAGGAUAUAUACUUUAGCCAAAUUUACAGUAAAUCAGCUAUGUGAAUUCUACAAAAAGUUGAUAGGCUUCUCCAAAAUGCUUUUAGGGUCAAAGAAAUGGUUGCCGCAAGGUUAUAUACUACCAGAUGAUCUCAAAGAAUGGUUGAACAUCAGUUGGCUGGAUGAUGACAUUCAGAUAAUCGAGCCUUCCCUACCAACUUCCGAGAUCAUGAAGUUUUUCGAUUUGGUAGAUGAUAGCGAUAUAGAGUUUUGUGAUGAAUAUAUUUUAAUACAAGAAGAAAAGGACGAUAAGGAUCUAGAAUUAAGAACACCAAUUACUACACUUAAAGUAGAUGAUGAUGAUGAGGAUCCCGGAGUUGUUAUAGAAAUAGAUGAUAUUGUGUCUCCUGUUAAAAAAAGAAAAAGAACAAUGUCCAAAACCUAUCGAAAAGAGAAGAAAGAAGGAAAUAUUAUAACAAAGAAGCAGAAACUGAAGCAUAAAUCAAGAUAUUUUACUAAUAAGAAAUAAUCGCAUAUCUUGAUGUUAUUAAAAUAAAGUUGAACUAUUAA